AUGCGUUCCGCGAUCUUCCUCGCCCUGUCCGUUGCGGGUGCAGCGAUCGCCGGCUCCACCAACCAGACGACUACCGAGACACCGCACACGCGCAAGUACUUCUACGCCGGCGGCCACUAUGUAGCCGACAGCGACGGCGACCACACCCGCACCGACCAGAUCUACGUCGAGCAAUUGACCCCGGUCGGUGGCGCAACCAAGGCGAACCCCAUCGUCUUCAUCCACGGCCAGGCGCAGACCGGCACGAACUGGCUGAAUAAAGCCGACGGCAGCCCUGGAUGGUCGUCGUACUUCCUUGGCCAGGGCUACCAAGUCUUCAUCGUCGACCAGACUUACCGCGGCCGCUCGCCGACAACGCCGGGGCUCAAGACGUCGGCCUACUCGGCCGAGGUGCUCCAGCAGCGCUUCACCGCGCCCAAGCAGUACAUGCUGUGGCCCCAGGCCGCCGCCCACACCCAGUGGCCCGGCAACGGCACCCAGGGCGACGCCUACUUCGACGACUACUACGCUUCGACUGUGCCCUUCUACAAGGGCGAGGCCGCCGUGCAGCAGACGACGUUCCAGAGCGCCGGCGCCGCCCUGCUCGACCGCAUCGGCGUGCCCGCCGUGCUCGUCGCCCACUCGCAGGGCGGCCUGAUGCCGUGGCUGCUCGCCGACGUGCGUCCCGACCUGGUCAGGAGCAUCGUCUCCCUCGAGCCCACCGGUCCGCCCUUCCGCGAGGCCGUCUUCUCCACCACCGAGUCGCGCGCCUACGGCCUGACCGACGCGCCCUUGACCUACGACCCCCCCGUGUCCGACCCCGCCGUCGACCUCGUGCAGCACGUCACCCGCGGCAACGCCACGGCCGGCAUCUCCGACUGCGUGCUGCAGUCGCCCAACAGCACGGUGCGCAGGCUGGUGAACCUGGAGAAGAUCCCGACCGUGGUGCUGACCACCGAGGCGAGCUACCACGUCCCGUACGACUGGUGCACUGUCAAGUUCCUCCAACAGGCCGGUGUCCCGACCGAUCAUCUGUUCCUCCCCAACAUUGGAAUAACAGGCAAUGCCCACAUGCUCUUCCUAGAGAAGAACUCGGACGAGACUGCUGCUGCCAUCAAUGACUGGAUCGUCAGUCAUUAA